AUGGAUUGCAGCAAAGGGUUGUUCGUUGCAAUUGGAAGGCCGUCAGGUUUGUCAUCGGAGUUCACAACCCCGGUAGUCAGCUUUAACACUGAAGGUCCAAGAGCACGCUCUUUUGGCUUUGGUCACCGUCGAUGUGGAGGGGAAAGGAUUAUAUUCGUCCUGAUGACGAAGUCUCUGAAAUUCCGGAAUACGGUGAAGGCUCUGGCCUUGUUACUGUCAAAAUUCAUCACAAUGGGUGGUUUCGUGACAAACAAGACUGGAAAACUUGUUUUCUUUCAAGUGGAGGUAGACUAUUUUGAUGAAGUUAAGUCUGAGGACCUUAAGCUAGAAGAGGAUAACUCGUUUAUAGAUCGUAUUGGAUUCUGCAGGCCUCACAAUCUAUUCUACAUAGACCCUAAUGUUGCAGAAUUUGAUGGCUUUAGAAGGUUAAAUUCAGAUCAAGAUUUGAAAUCACUGAUGGAAAUCAAGUCUGCAGAGAAGGGUAAGGCUGUUGUUAUCUACAGGAUAGGUGUCAAUGAAUAUGAUCCAUUACCAGGACCUAAACCCAAACGUCCAGCAUAUUUAGAUGAAGAAUCUGACCAGGCUUCUUGUGAUGAAUUGCAUGAAGUUAAAGGUUCUGGUGAUGAGGAGGACCAUGUAGAAGUUAAAAAGAUGGACCAGUUGGAACAUGAUUCCAAUCAAACUCCAAGUGCUGGUGAAAGGUCCCCUGGUGAAGCAACAAUAACAAAUGUGACAUUGUCGGGCAAUCUUGAUGGUCAUGAAGAAGAUGUUGUAAUUCUCCCUACUGCCGUAAGCUCACCGGCUACUAACAAAGCCAUCAAAAAUCGCAAAAAAUCAGCCCCUUCAACACCAAAGAGAACAAGUGCAAGGCUACCUGCUGUUAAGGUAAGGUUUGAUGCUGAUGGUCAUGGCAGUAGUCCUGAAAAGGCAAUUCAGAUAUUAGGUGAGGAAACUGUGGAAACAUCUGUCGGGAGGAAAAGGGCCAAAACCUUCCAUGGUGAAAAUCCUCGCAAAAGUACUUUAUUCACUCAUUGCAUCUAA